CAGUGAUCGCACCAAUCCACGUGGGAAUAGAGUCUCCUCUCAGCAGCACUGGACUGCAGCUCUGCUUUAGUUUACAGUCGUUGUUGUUGUUUACAUCUCAGCAGGGUGGUUUUCCUGUGCGCUCCCAGCAGCAGCACCCCGCCCCCCUCCUCGAUCUCUCAUUCCUCAGACGAGUCCCAAGGAGGAGCAGAGCGCAAAGACUUCUGAACCAACCUCCACACAAUGCAACGCAGAAUAACUCACUUUUAAUCAGUGGUUUUAUUUGUUUUCGACUCACACGACAAGGUUUUGAUUCCUCCUGAUUUCUUUUAACUUGAGAGUGAAACUUUUACGCACAGCUCGGGCGGAGAGAAGUCCACAUUGGGAGUUUAUUGGAGGCUGAAACACGGUACCAUGGAUCUCGUGGUGUUGUUGGCGUUCAGCUCCUGGUUGGCUCCUGCACUCGGAUCAGCGUUUGGCAGGGAAAUGUCGGCUUCCGCAGCAGAUGGCGACAAAGACUACGACAGCGCUUUUCAUUACGAUUAUGAAUCUCUGAGAAUCGGUGGCCUGGUUUUCGCAGUGGUCCUGUUCCUCUUGGGUAUUGCCCUCAUCGUCAGUAAGUGUUUUGCCGCCAUAAGUACACAGCAGAUGUGUAAUGUCAAGUGUCCUUUUCAACACACUGUGAUCCCAGUAAGUGCGAGUUGACCUCACAGUCUCCCGAAUGUACACUGCUGCAAAAACAAGCAGGCCAGUGUUUCUCUCAGACUGUCUGGUAGGAAGACACACAAACACACACAGAGGCUUCUCGCACAAGCUCAGCACUCGCCGCUCUCAUGCUCCGUGUAUCACAGCAGCUCUUUAUACAUCAUCCAUUUCUCACUCACCGUGUCCUUCCAUGGUUCUUCCUCGCUACCUGCCAACACACACUGUUCCUGCAAGGGGGAGCCCUGAAACCAAAACCGACCAAUGAAUAAUUCACACAUACACACACGCACUCUUGUACGUCUGUCUUAGUGAGGACACUCAGGCAUAAUGCACGUCAGCCUCUUACCUUAACCAUCACAACUAAAUACCUUAAACCUAAUUCUAACCCUAAAACCAUAGCCUACUCUUUGAAAAACUGAGGACAGGCCAAAAUGUCCCCACUCUCUAGGGUCUAUGAUCAAAAUGGUCCUCACAAAUAUAUAUUAGAACACACACACACACACUCUGCUGCUGUUAGAUCACUGUGGACUCCUAGCUGCACUCUAUGAAGAGCUGUCAGUGUUAUGGGUUAUGAGUGGUGGAAUUCACAUAA